CCGGGGCAAGGCAAGUAUUGCGCCCCUUAACCAGUGGACCGUUAGAACUCCCCGGGUCCCUUCCACCAGUCCAGAAUUUUGCGCCCAAUGCAACCGCCUCGGUGGCCCCGCACACGCUACGCCACUGCAUGGUCUAUGUAGAAAACCAAUUCAAAGGUUGCCACCUCCCACCCACCCCUAAAAUUUGGUGCCCUUGGCCUGGGCCUAGUUGGCCUGUACUUUUACAACAAAAUACAUGUACAAAAAUGUUUUUCUUUCAAUCUGAUUAAAAUUAGCUCUACUGGUCUACCAGUAGAUCUAACAGCUUUGCGUGGACUCCCAUGUCCAGGUGUCAUUUCAUCUCUAAAUAACAACAUAAAUAUCGACCAAUUACACUUCGCCUUUUAUUCAGGAGCAUACAAAAUUGGGCGAGACUAUUUAUGCAAUAGGCGAACUUGUUGGUCUAUUUCAUUCUACAGGUAUUAGUAUUUAACCGGUGGAGCUAAUUUUCAUUAAAUGUUCCCAAUAUACACCAUUGUCUUUUUGUUAUAGACAAACAUAAAUAAUUUUAUUAAUUUAUCUUUCAUUUGUUACACAGGUGCACUUGUGGACAUUGUGAGGUAAUGUCAACAGUGAGAGAGUGUGUGUGUUGUCAAGAGAUAACGCUACUCUCAGACAGGAUCACAUCCCUGGCAGACACGCAUGACAUGAAUGUCCCAUGCAUCACACAGCAUCCAGGAUUCCACACAGUAUGCCUCGAUGAAUGGACCUUGGAAGCUGCGUAUUACUCAUACAGACAAGGUUACAGAGUUGAACAUCCAAGUGGACCUCGGAGAAACCGGUAUGUUGCAUACAGACAAUUUGUCCGAUGGUGUUGGGGAUACCUUGGGAAGGAUGUCAGAGUUGUGCUUCCAUCAUGUGUUGUAACAAAAAUCAGAAACACGUUUCCAAGCCCAGAUGGUACAUACAUUGGGUUUCAGUACUGACGAAAAUGCCUCUUGCUAAUAAUUAUAUCAAAUAACUCCAUAGAUAUCCUGACCCAAGUUAGCAAAUUUGCCCGAGAUGGAACCUCGUCCAUUAGGCUCUUUUCCGUCCCAACCAGUGCCCCAUAACUGGUAUACCAAAGACCAUGGUAUGUACUGUCCUGUCUGUGGGAUAGUGCAUAUAAAAGCUGCCUUUUCAGGAAGAGAAGCCCGUGCAGAGGCGGCAGCUGGUUUCCAGACUCAUUACCUUUGUGGUCUUUAACUAUAUGACGCCAUAUAACCGUAAUAAAAUGUGUUGAGUGUGUCAUUAAAUAAAACAUUUCUUCUUCUUAAAGUCAGCAAGUUCAUAUUUUCAGUUGGAGUUUUCAGCGAAGCGUGUCUUUUGUUGCUUGAUGGCAUCGAUUUUAUUCGGUCUCACUAAACUGUCAGUCAGAUGUGGUGGGACUGGAAACAGAGGUGCUGGUCCAGCUAGGCUUUUCUUCGGCACUUCACUCUCUAUCAUGUCCAUCAAUUCAGCAACGUAAUCUGUUUGUGUAAAUAUGGAAAUAAUAUGGUUAUUUCAAAGGGCUCAUGAAAUUGCAUCCUGUCCAAAUUAUUUGAAUAGGAAAUCUUUAAAAAAUAUUUCAUAUGCUGAAGACCAGCUGUAUAAUUGAAAGUUACACAAUUUUAUAUCCUUUGAAACAACAAUAAUAUAUAUUUAUUUUUUUAAGUUGAAAUCAGGGAACCAUAGUAAUUAACUUUCGUCAUUACUUGUUUUCUAUAUUAUUUCUUUUAAGGGUUUGUUCAUUUAUGAACAUUUUAACCAGGUACAAACAUAUGCUAGGGGUGAGGCGGUAAACACCAGUUUAUACCUUCCAAAAAAAAGAAAGAAAAAAAAAGAAAUGUUUUAUUUAACGAAGCACUCAACACAUUAUAUUUACGGUUAUAUGGCAUCAGACAUAUGGUUAAGGACCACACAGAUAUUGAGAGAGGAAAC